AUGUGCCAAGCCAGCCUGGGAGGCCACCACGACCAUCAACUUGACUUAGAGAUCCAUCCUCUGAUUGCCACAGCGCGGAGCUCUGCAGCCCAACACGGGCCUUCCUACUCGACCCAGGUGCCAGUCCAACAGCCUCCACGGCUGGAAAAGCUUGCCCCUGCCCAGUCCAGCUGGGCCACAGCGCCCAUGGAUAAAGCGAUGCUGCCAAACCACCACGGACCGCCCGGAUCAUCCUACCAGCCGUCGCCCGAGCUCAACAAAGAUGGGCCGAUCAAGGAGGAAUCUUGGGACCAGAAGAAAAAUGCCAACGGUGGAAAGAAAAAAAACUAUCAGCGCUACCCCAAACCACCCUACUCCUACCUCGCAAUGAUUGCCAUGGUCAUCCAAAAUUCUCCAGAGAAGAAGCUUACGUUGUCUGAGAUUCUAAAGGAGAUCAGUACACUUUUCCCUUUUUUCAAAGGGAACUACAAAGGCUGGCGGGACUCAGUGCGACACAACCUCUCUUCCUAUGACUGCUUUGUUAAGGUACUGAAGGAUCCUGGGAAGCCACAGGGGAAGGGGAACUUCUGGGCCGUGGAAGUGAGCCGGGUGCCUCUGGAGCUCCUCAAGAGGCAGAACACUGCUGUGUCACGCCAGGAUGAGACCAUCUUCGCCCAGGAUCUUGCUCCUUACAUCCUGCAUGGGCACCAACCCAUCACAACCCCCCCUCCCGGCCCCUCUUUCACUGCUCUAUCCCCCAUACCCACCAGACAACUCUCCCUCUCUCAGGAGGAGCUGUACCGGCCCAAGCUGGACUCGUCCUUUGCCAUUGACUCCCUCCUCCACAGCCUGAGGCCGGCCAGCGAAGCAGGAGAACCCGACAGGGGCAGGGACUGCUGGGGGGUCGAGCCCCACACUCGCCCCUCCCCUCCUCCAUGCGCUCGCUACUCCUCCUCCGCCCGCAGCGCCUCAGCGAGCUCCGUCAGCCCCGCCUCGUCAUCCGAUGAGGACUGGAGGGGCGUGUCGCAAGGCGGGAAGCAGGUGCCCGAGGGCGAGGCAGGAUCAGAUGGGUACGAGGACUGCAGGCCCCCUCCACACAAGACUGCCCGCCGAGGCUGCCCCCCUCCCUGGGAGCUUCCCACCUCAUAUGCCAAGUACACACCGCCCAAUGCUGUGGCCCCGCCCAGCAUGCGUUUUAACGGAGGCCCUCUGAUGCCUCUGGGGAUGCCUCUGUAUGGUUACGGAGGGUCUCCUGUCACAUCCAGCCAUUUUGUAGGUCAUGCCUACUGGCCCCUCUUAGGCAGCGGGCGCCCUCCCCUCAUAAUGGACCUGGACACUAUGCUCCAGUCAGUACCGCCCAAUAAGAGUGUGUUUGAUGUGCUGGGUCCACCCAAUCAGUCGUCUCACCAGCCUGCUGGUCAGUAUGCCCUGCAGAGUGGACCCCCUCUCAGACGGUAUCCCCAUUAUUGA